AUGUGGUGUAUGAUUCAUUUCAUAGUCGUUCUACAAUGCGUACAAUCCGUUCGCAUCGUCAACAUCCGAGUACCCGAAGUCAUUCAAUAUGGUACCAGAGACGCAGUAACGCUGGACUGUGAUUACGUAACAACAAACGUAACGGGAUUAGUAGUCAAAUGGUUUUAUAUGGAACGAUCACAGCCCGUGUAUCAAUGGAUACCUCCACAGAAACCUCAAGCUUUGGGAUUAUUAAAAAAUAAAUUGGAUUUAUCAUAUAAAGUAUCACACAACCCUUAUACUCAACACAGGGCUUUGCGGAUAUUACAACCUGGGACAGAACUUACUGGAAAUUACACGUGUGUUGUAUCAACAUUUCUAGCCGAGGAUGAAAAAACACGCCCUAUGACAAUUUUCGUUCCUGAAACGAGAUUCGACAUGAUUCUAGACCGACUAAGUGAUGGAUAUUUGAAUAUUAUUUGUUCUGUUGAAGGAGUCUUUCCGAAGCCAGAACUUGUUAUUUUAGUUGGUAACAGGCCGUUAAACGCAAAAUCUUCAAUCAAGAACUUUGAGGGCCGGUACACGGCAUUCACGAGCACCGUAAUAAGAAUAGACUCUCUACCGCCCACAGUAGAAAUCCUGUGUGAUAUGCAAGUGCCCUUAGCAAAUUAUUUUAGCAGGAAAAGGGAUAUAUUCUACAGAGAUCCUCCAUCAACGCUACCAAAUACAUCGAAGUCACCACCUGACAAAGGAUACGCCAUUUUCGCCACUCCAGUAUUGGUUAUUGUUUCAAUAGCGAUGUGUUAUAUAUUGCAAUCUAGAUGA